AUGCCCAAAAGAAACAAACAACUUAAAGUUCAGAACAACAAGAGGUUAAAAGUAAAAUGGUUGAAAGAUGUCGUUGAUAAUGAUAACGAUGAUGAUGAUGAUGAUAUGGAUUAUCAGUAUGAAAGGUUCACAAGAGUACAGUCCUCUGAAGGAGCUUCAUGGAAGGAGUAUAUAUAUGUUUCUUUUUGCCUACAUGAGUUUUGUACAACUUCUACACAAAAACACCCAGUGACAUAGAUUUGUUCAUUAUAUAAUUUUACAGUUGUUUUGUUACAUAAGUUACGUUUUAGGAUGACACUUUGUGUAAGCUUACUUCGGAUGUCCCACUUGCGAAAUAGCACGUUUUUUGGAGGCUCACAAUAAAAGUUCGUCUUGCAUGAACUACCGGACUUGAGUAGACUUCAUGGUGUCCCCAAUGUGACCUAUACGCAGACCAAGGAACUCGAAGAAACAGUUUGGAGCCUUCGCGGAUACUCCAGGAAAAAGAUUCGAAGGGACACGGUGAGCAAUAAUAGAAAACUACGCCGUCCGCCAUCUUGGAUUUUGGAAAGUGCCACAAAUUUUCUUUACUGAAGCCAUCCCAACACAGGUGUACGAGUCGAGAUUGCUCAUCCACUUAUUUAGAACGUCAAUCCAGCCCAGUAGAGUCCCGGAACAGACAAUGCAGUCAGAGAAAUAUGGGAAAAUGAGCAAAAAAACCCCCCGAUCAAUCGCGGUAGCUGAUCUCACACAAGCAAUUCAGUCACCAUCCCAGAAACCGACAACGAGAGGAGGGGGCAACAAGCUGCAAUCGAGCAAGCUGCUAAAGCAAGGCUACAUGGAGUUGAAAUGCCCAAGAGGUUGGACUUCACUUCCAAAAAGCUACACCACGAAUAUUUGUGCUUCAAGACCUUUGCAAAGAAUGUUUUAGAAUGGUACGACAGGCUUGAGGACAGUGUUAAAGUAAUCAAAGUGCUAAUGUGGAUGGGGCCUGAAGCAUGCGUCAAACACGAGCUACACCCAUUCCCAUGCAGAGACAAGGAAAAACUCACCCCGCUGUGGAACUUCUUUGACAAUUUGUGUUCCAAGAAGAAAGGUUGCCAAGGAUUGUGGAACGCCCCGAGAAUGACACUGAAGUUCAUGAAACAGGAGAAAGGAGAGUCAGUGGACAUUUUCUACUGUUGGAUACGUGAUGUCCCCCACCAGCGGAAGUACGAUACCGCGAUACAAAAAUUCCUAGAGGCGUAAACCCUCAAAAAAGGCUUGAAAAACACGAAAAUUAUAGAGAAAGUCUAUGCACUACAAAAAGAAGCAGACGCUGGCCGUGUUCUGGACAGCGCUGGAGCUGAGGAACAAGCUCAGAUGCACAUACGGAAAGUGGAAAAGAUUCGAGGGAUCAGAACUUGGGAGAAACUAAAAGCGCAGAAGAGCUCAGACAACAAAAGAAGCCCUUCAGCAAAAAGUCCAACGCUUCCAGGGAUGGACGCACCAAAAAUCAGUACGCCUGCAAAAGAAGCAGACGCAAACACGGUCCCAAACAGUGCCCUGCCUACGGGAAAGAAUGCAGUAAAUGCAAUAAAAAAGGACCACUUUGCUGAGCAGUGCCGUAGCAAGGCAAAAGCCGAUCCUUCCAGCAAGCAAUCUAGCCAGCAGAAACAAAUACCCAGACUCAAAAAGAAGUUUCACGAAGCAACUGCAGACUCAGGGGGUAGCGAAGCAGACUUCUCAGAGUAUGACACUGACGAGGUCACAGUGCAAGUUGACUCUAUAGAAGCAAGGGCUGAAGAAACCAAGUCUACCAAGACGGAUUUCGGCAAGAAACUGCCCAAACAUGUAACCAAGGCCUAUCUAGACAAGGACCAAUCACCUGAUGUAUUGUAUGCCACUGUUGAGCUUGAAUUACCAGACGGGAGUACAAAGAAGCUCAAGGGCAAGGUCAACACUGGAGCUCAGGUGAACUUGAUGAAUUAUAUGACAUGCCGAGAAAUCUUUGGCCACGAUGUAGAGAGAAUUUUGCACAACAGUCAAGUGAAACUCACAGGCUAUGGAGGAAAGCGCUUCAGGAACCACGGAAAAUUCCGUAUUGACUGUGUUUGCCACAAUAGUGUCGUUGGCCAACGCGCUGAAUUCUAUGGCAGUAACUUGUUCUCACUAAAAUUCACCUGUGCAAGAUUAUGUGUGAGGAGGAGACCGACUGCAAGGACUGCCAUGGCCCCUAUGAUGCGAGUGAGGUCAGAGGUGGUACUGAGGAGGAAACAGAAGUUACUCCAGCACCAGACCAAGACCCAGCAAAACCCAAGUACUCUCUCAAGGUGAGGAAGCCCAUUGAAAUCAGGGAUACAACCGAAGUCCCAAAGGAUGUCAGUCACGUGUUUGAAGGUGUUGGAAACUAAAAGGCUACCAAUACCGGAUCGAGAUAGAUGAAAAAGUCAAACCAAUGGUCAGCCGCAGAUACAGUGUACCUCCACCAAUGCAGGAGCCUCUGAAGAAGAACUUAGACUGGAUGGUGGGCAUUGGUGUCAUCAAAAAGUAAGAAGACGCAACACCAUGGGUAGGUAAGCAAUGUACUGUGCACACCCAAGCCCAAUGAAGACAUCCGGAUAUGCCUAGAUCCAAAGCCACUCAACAAGGCAGUGAAGAGGCCUCACCAUUAUGCACCAAAAAUGGAUAUAUUACAGAAACUACACGGUUGCAAGUAUUUCUCCACCCUUGACCAAUCGUCAGGCUAUUGGAAUAUCGAAGUACAUCCAGACAGCAUACACCUACUCACAACACGCCAUUUGGACAAAAUGCAUACAAAAGGCUUCCAUUUGGGCUCGUGAGUAGCCAAGACGUAUUCCAAAGUGCCGCCAAUGAGACAUUCAGUGACAUCCCUGAUGUCUAAUACAUUGCAGAUGAUGUACUAAUUGCUGCAAGGACAAAGCAGGAACACGAUUUGGCAGUAAACAGGAUCAUCCAACGAUGUCGAGACUCAGGCUUCAGGCUCAAUCCAAAGUAAGCAAAGAUCCUACUAGAGGAGAUCAAUUAUUUCGGCCAUACCCUGAUGAAGGAGGGAUUAAAACCAGACGCAAAGAAGAUCCAAGGGAUAAAGCGGUUGGCUGUGCCAAGGAACAAGCAGGAGCUACAGUCACUGCUAGGAAUGUUCAAAUACCUGGGAAAGUUGAUACCCAACCUGGCUGACAAGACGCAGGACCUCCGUGCUCUGGUAAAGAAGAAUGUAGAAUUUGUGUGGGAAGAGAGACAGGUCAGAGACAACAUGAUAUUGCAGUACUUUGACCCACAGAAAGAAAUCGUUAUCGAGUGUGAUUCCAGCCAAAAGGGCCUGGGUGCAUGUAUACUCAAGGAUGGCAAGCCAGUCAAUUUCUCAUCUAGAAGCUUGAUUGAUGCAGAAACGAGAUACUGUAACCUGGAACGCGAGCUGCUUGCUGUCGCCUGGGCAGUCAAUCAUUACCGACAGUACAUGUAUGGACGAAGAUUCAAGAUAGUCAGUGACCACAGUCCAUUACAACAGAUCAUUAAGAAAGACAUAAGAGACUCGACCACCCGGCUGCAACGACUUUUGCUGCUAGGUCAAGGCUACGAUUUCACAAUCAAAUACAAGAAGGGUGUUGAGAUGCACAUAUCCAACUGCCUCUCAAGGUGUGUGCCGCUACCAGCACCCAACCAAGGACCAGUAUUCCCAGAGACCAACCAAAUUGAGAUAUUUGAGGUCGCUGUGGCAAAUGAAUCUGACAUACAGAGGAUCCGAUUAACUCAAAAGAAAGAUCCAGUCUUCCAGGAGCUAGAGCACCUAUGUCAGGAAGGAUGACCAGAACACUGCAAUCAAGUGCCCGAGUUGGCCAUAGCUUACUGGGAUUACAGACACGACAUUGCAGUCAUCGAUGGGAUCAUUGUGAAGAGCCAAAGGAUCCUGGUGCCACAGAAAAUGGGUGAGUGUUUACUCCGAAAGCUGCACCGGGUCCAUCAAUACCGAGUCCUAUUCAAAGAGCCAGAGACAAGUGGUUCUGGCCUGGCAUGUCGGAACAGAUCAGGAGACUUAUUCUGACCUGCCCACACCAACCCAGACAGAAACAAGCAGCAGUUAUCCCUGUGACCACAACCAAUGCCAGGCACAUUCUGGGUUGCGACAUUUUUCAGCAUGCUGGUCGAUAGUACAGUUGCAUUGUCGACUACCACACAAGGUACCCGUGGGUGAAGCCAAUCAAGAACCAAGAAGCAGAUACAGUGAUCCAACAUUUCCAGAGUGUCUGCAACCAGUUUGGUUAGCCUAUGGAGGUAGUGACCAAUCGAGGCUCUCAGUACACUUCCAGCGACUUGCAAGAACUCUGUUAGAAAUUCAACAUCGUCCACAAGCCAGGGUCCCCUCACCCUCAGUGGAAGAACAGCCGCUGAGAAAAUGCCAUUGGUAGGCCCAAAAGGUUGCUUGAGAAGCCCAAGGAAGAAGAAACGCCAAUAGAAGACAUGCUUCUGAACAUCCGGGACACACCAUUAGACGCCAACACCCCUUCACCCUAUGAGCUGAUGUUUCACAGGAGGGUCAAAUCAGACCUACCAUCAAUACCACUUAGCCUGUUCGACAGCACCAACAGCACCAAUGCAGGCCACAGAAGUGUGAAGCACGCAGAGAGAACAAUGAAAGCGAAAACAGAGGUCAACCACCAAGGCUGGAGCAACACCAAACAAUCAUGUUUAUGAAGAAACCUCAGGCAAAGAAGGCCCGAUAGUCAAGUGGAACGGUCAUUUCAGUGGACGGACAACGAUCAUAGACCGUGGAAGACGACACAACCAGAACACAAUAUUCCAGAGACCGGGUCCAUAUCAAGCCAAUCCCUGGGUAUGACCCCACUCUACCUACUGCAAAAGCUUCCUCGGAGGGAAGAAGGUGCAUCAGUUCCAGUGGAAAUGCCAGACACCAAGGUUACGGCUAACCCACCAAAGCCGAGGCCAGAGACCCCAAUACAACAGAAACUUGACAAUCCAACAGACAGCGUCAGAACAUCCUGACCAAGGCGUAUCAUUAAAGCACCAGCGAAAUAUGGAUAUGAAUAAAACCUCGAAAGUGACUUUUUAACCAUAAGUGACUAAUAAAGGAUGUGACGAUGACCAGUGCAAAAUCGGUAAUGAAUCUGAGUUUUUGUAAAAACAUUUCUAGUUUAAAACAGUGCUUGAUAUCAAUCCUUAGUAAUUGCCAAUUACUGUUUAACCAUUGCAGUUUUUAUUUCGUUAUACAAAAUAGGAUCUUAGUGUAUCCUUCAUCCCCAGUCGUUACUGUAAUUGAGAACUAAUAUUUUUCAUCUUAACAGGAACUCUGCCUUUUUAUCAACAAGGGGGAUGACGUAGAUUUGCUUGUUAUAUAAUUUUGCAGUUGUUUUGUUACAUAAGUUACGUUUUAGGAUGACACUUUGUGUAAGCUUAUUUCGGAUGUCCCGCUUGCAAAAUAGCAUGUUUUUUGGAGGCUUGCAAUAAAAGUUCGUCUUGCAUGAACUACCGGACGCGAGUAUACUUCACCCAGUUCAGUCAUUUCUGGAAUUUCUUCAUUUUUGUGUGUUUGUGUUCUAUUUCACUGGUGUAAAUUGCUCUUAUAUACAUUUAAGGAACUUCUCUUAAACUUAGAACGAAGUGUAUAAAAGAGGACACCAACCACCUUAAACCAAACUUAAAAUAAUCACAAAGAGGAAGUUUAUUGUCGAAGCAUUAGUGACUAUAACAGUCAAACCCUUUUAAUGUAUACACCGAGGGGCAAGUAGAAAGUGUCAGGGUGUUGUAUUAGAAAGGUUGAAUUUAGAGAAAAAUAAUGUUAGCCAAUUUUGCUUCCCUUGGGUCAGCAAAAUGCGUAGUUACUAAAACAAGGAAUGACCUACAAUGACCUACAAUGAGCUACUAUCACCGAACGUGUAAUCCCUGUAAGCUAAAAUGAAGAUUUUAGAAAAAGACCAAAAAAGAAGAUCAGGGGACGUGUGUCGUAGUUACUAAAACAAGGAAUAAUCUACAAUGACCUACAAUGACCUACAAUGAUCUACGAUGACCUACUACGAGCUACAAUGAGUUACUACGAGCUAAAAUAAGUUAAAAUAAGCCCUACAAUGAGCUACAAAAUGACAGACAAUGAUGUUUGUCGUGUGUCACGCUUGGACGUGACACUAGGCUUAUAGUAUUAAAUUGCCAAGCACAUUUUGAAAAAGCAAACAAAAAUUGUGCCUGAUCUCAGGUAACUUGAGAAAGUUGAAAAUAGAUUAUUACAAUCGCGUUUUUACCGGUAUAGCACUAUUAUACCCUGUAUUGACGGAAGUCAUGCAGGCACUCCCUUAGUAUGGGCCUCUGAGCAGGAUAUGGAUUUUACUAUUUAGCGUUACAAACAGAGCAUCCUGUUGGACUGAAAGCCAUUUAAAGGGUCUUAUGAUGUUUUAUACAGGCCAUGGUACUUAAAAAUAUGAACAAUUUUUCUUUUAAACAGGGUCAGAAUUUGAAGGCCUCCUUUGUUCAUCUCUACCCUUACGUCCCUUAAAGAUCCCCCCGGAUCGACUGUUGGGGUGACUGUGUUUGUUCAAUUUGUUUGACAAAAAGACAAGACAAAAUAAAACUAAUGCAAAAGGUUGCAAGGGAUGGUUUGGACAAAAGUCACAGUAUCAUCAUACAUGUAUUAUUACACUGUAAAUUUAUCUCCAAGCGUAAUAAUUAGAGAUGCUGUCACCGUUAAAUGGGCUGUCAUGCAGUAGACUAAACGCGUUACGUUUACGGAGACAUGUCUCCUGAUCUUUUUUUUUGUCUUUUUCUAAAAUUUUCAUUUUAGCUCAUUACAGGGAUUACACGUUCGGUCAUAGUAGCUCAUUGUAGGUCAUUGUAGAUCAUUGUAGGUCAUUCCUUGUUUUAGUAACCACGCAACAAAAUGACCGUAAAAAUGAGGUGUUUGUAUAGAAGGGUUUGACUGUGUUACGACAGCUGAUCUAUCGCAAGUGGUUAGUACUGAUUAUCAUCAUCACUUCAUCUUUUUAUUUCACUUCUGAUAAAUCAGCCCUAGCCUGUUAUUUAAUACACUUCAACACACGACUUGAUUCAUCUUAAGUCUUCUGUAAAUGUGAUGUCAACAUAUGUUAAGAGCAAACCAAACAUUAAAACAAAAAACUCUUUUGAUCUUUGAAUCGAUCUCUAUUAAUUUCACAGCUUUUUUUGAACAGGUUUACAUUUUACAAACAAAAGUAAGCUGGUAAAAGAGAAAGCUAAAAGUAAAUCUAUUACAAGUUAAUGAAAGGUGUUCAAAUCUGAGAUGUACGCUUUAUAUAUGAUGGGAACCUUCCUUUAAGAAAGUAACUUGUCAUAUUGUUUUAGCUUAAUAAAGGAAAGAAAACCAAAGUUGCUCUUGUGAAGCAUAUCACGUCCUGUUUUGUCAUUUAAUUAUGUGUUUGUGUCAUGCUGUGCAUGGAUUUGUGACUAACCUAUGGUUUUGGUCUUUCUGUUUUUGUCCAACCAGAGGUUGUCGGAAGGUUUUUGUGGCAUUAUAGGGACAGGCAUUUUUAUGUUUCGGCGACAUGUGUAAUACUACUACUACUACUACUACUACUACUACUACUACUACUACUACUAAUAAUAAUGUCUUUAUUUCGUCAAAAUAUAAAACUACACAGCAGUCUGCCAAGCCAUCCCUGCCAUAGUUCAUGUACAUGUUCAUGUUGUGAAGUACUGUUUAUUCUGUAAAUUUGAGUUUGUACAAUGCAGUGCAUGGUUUUUUGACCAAGCUACAGGUCUGGUCUUUUUGCUUUUGUCCAACCAGAGGUUGUUGGAAUGUGUUUAUGGCAUUUAUAGGGACAGGCAUUUUAUAUGUUCUGGCGACAUGUGUAGUCUGCCAAGCUAUCCCUGCCAUAGUUCACGUAUAAGUUCAUGUUGUGAUGUCCUGUUACAUUGUUUAAUUUUGGGUUUGUACCAUGCAGUGCAUGGUUUUUUGACCAAGCUAGAGGUGUGGUAUUAUAUAGGUUUUCCAACCAGAGGUUGUUGGAAGGUUUUCUUUAUGGUACUAUAAAAACAGGCAUGUUAUAUAUUUUUGGAUAUAUGUGAAAUCGGCGGUUAUGCCAUGGUUAUCUCGAAGUUGUUGUUCUUGAUCAUGUUGAGAUCUUCUUCAGUCAUUUAGACGGAGCAAAUUUGAUAAUUAAACUCCUUGAUCAACGUUGUUGUUGAAUGUUGUUUUGUUAAUCAUAUCAAGCCUAUGGGCAUUCAAUUUACUUGUGUCAUUGGGCAUUUGCUGAAAUUUAUAUAAUCUGGGUUGGUUCUUUAUGGGCAUAAUGACCUUGUUAGCAAUGGAAAAGCUUGCUAUAUGUUUCUAGCUUACAUGAAUACUGGUGUUGAGUUAUUUUACGUUUCAGGAUGUCUCGACGGGUAUCAGCUAAAGUGAAGAGAAAAACUACUAUCUUGUAA